AUGGCCAAGUCUGAUUUCUUGUCUUGGGAUGGGGAUCUAGAUUUAGAGUAUUUACUUGGCGAUUUCACGGAAUAUAGCGAGUCUGAGGAUUUUUCGGACGAAUUUGAUGAAGUUGAGACUAAACGUCCCCGUGCUUCCAAAUCUUCUCAACAUCUUGAUCCCAAACUAGCAUGUUAUGUGUGUCCUGAAUGCAACAAGUCUUUAAAGACAAUAGCUGGUUUUCGUGGCCAUACAUCCAAACAACAUGGCAAGACAAAUUUAAAAGCUUCUGAACAUAGGAGUACUAGUAUUAAAGAUAUCGGCUUGCAGAAAUCCCCCUCGUCCAACACAAAAUCAGGUGUCUUAUCAGAGGAAGAUUUCCUGACCAUCUUUCCUAAAGCCUAUCAGUCUACCUUAGACAACAUAUUAUGUGACUUUGAAGAUUCUGCUGAAUUUAAUUUGACAAAUUUAGUUCAUGUUGCAAGGACAGGUAGCACUAUAUUAAACUUUUAUAAAGAUUUCUUUGAGGAUAUAUUUGUUACAUCAAAGUGUAGUACAAGUACUUCAAGUGACCGUGAGGAACUUUUCAACAAGCUUCAUAUCAAACGCAUUGAUCAGAAUUUAAGCCACAAAUGCCAUGAUCUUUUUCAAGAUAUAGACCCCUCCUUGGAAAAGUCAUCCAUUCAGCAUUUUUCUCAGUUAGUUUUACUAGAUCUCAUUGGUGAAAUCUGUAAAGAGCAGACACAGUUGGUUGUGAAGAAAACUGAACAUAAUGCAAAAUCUCUAACAGACAAUGACCAGACAGUGUUGUAUUAUAUUUCCGGUUUUAUCAUAAGAGCUCUCAGAAAGCGUUACUCCAGGUGUAGAAACACUGAGAAGUCCCAGUGUUGUCAUGCAUUUGUUAGCACAAGUAGUUCAAAGGAAAAGACAUUCUUGAAGAAGUUUCAUAAAAUGAUCACAAUGAAAGAUCGUGGGGGACUCCAGAAGCCAUCAAGUGAUUUCUUUUUAUUGGUUCGCGAGUGUGAGGUUGUAACUCGUUCCCUGGUAGACACUGACAAACUGGGAGCUAACUCGUUAUUGUUGAGUCCAUUAAAAGAAAAAACAAUUCAAAGCUUCAUGGUUCAGCAUUAUGCUAAAUCUGUUUUAUCUGGAGUACCAGAAAAUGUUUUUGACAGUGUACUGGAGGACAUUAUUAAAGUGUUUCUGACAGUAAGGGGACAUGCAGUAGUUCGUGUGGAGAGAAACAAGCUCCGCAUGAAAACCAAAGGAGACAGUAGUAAGCGUAAGUCUUCCAAACAGUCUUCCAGUCUCCGUCAGACAUUAAAGGACAUUUCUACAGUGAUAGAAUGA